CUCCCGGUCGCCCGGCACCGACACGACCGCUCGCUCGCACACACGCUUGCGCUUGCUUCAACACCGAUGAAACAAGAAAGCCCUCACGCGUUGUACACACGCGCUUACUGCCGCACCGUGUGUACGGGGUGGCCGCCGAACGCGCUGCUUGUGUGUGAGUAAAUGGUGGGUUUGUCGCAGUGGGUAGCCCGGAACGCAGCUCAGUCAGCACGAAACUGUCGUGGCGUUUGCUCUCUCUCCGCUGUGUGGAAGGUGUGUAUCAAUUUGUGUACGCGUGUGUGUGUGUGUGUGCGUGCGUCAGCGUGGAUUAUUUGGUCCUUUCUAGCGUGUGUGCCGCUCGUCCUACCGAACGAAUUGUAUCGCUCGAAAGCGCGCAGUGCAUCCGUUCGGCAUCGUGGAACAGCCAAACGAGGCAAACAAACCAAAUCAAACGAAAACAAAACAAAACGGUGCGAGUUUUGCUGUUAGAAUUCUACCCCCAAGACAACACACGGUUUGCCCGCAGUGCAGUGUUUUGAUUUGCCAGAAUAAAAUUUAAAACAAAAACAAAACCCGGCAAAGCUGGUGCGUGCUGGUGCGUUUCUAAGCCGUGCAGUUCAGAGUGAAUUAAAAAAGUAAUGCAUGCAAUGUCAAUGCAUCAAACGUGCAAAUGGUAAAAAAAACAGAAAAUAUUGAAUAAAUCGUUUACUACCGGAAGUGGCGCGCCAACGCGCCAAAGAAACUGGCCAACAUAAUCUUGCGCACGUGUUUCGAGCUGGUGUCUGAGUGUGGGUGUUGGUGCUGUUCUUUUUUUUUUGUUUUGUCGACAAGAGUGUAAACUACGCACGAGGAAAGUGCAACAGUGAAACAAAAAAAAAUGCAAAUCGCUGUGCAGUGCAGUUCGUUUUUACCACAAACACAAGGUUCUUGCUCACAAACAAAAAGCAGCACAAGCAGACACAACGAAAGAAACUGAGCAAAUGCACUGGUGAAACGUUGAGGAAACGUACCCGUUCGAAGUGCUGUUUGUGUUUUAGCGUUCUGUGCAGUUGCAGUUGCAGACUGCACGAAACGUUAUCGAAACAGCGGCCACGUUUUUAGAAUCGCUCCUCUUACUUCUGCUAUCAAAAAUGUCCUGCUCCGGCCACGGAUCCACUACUAUCAAAAGGCGCACCUCGUCGCCCUCCUCCCCCAGCGCGUCAACACUCGCCUCCGUUCCCUGGCUGUAGCGUGAAGCUGUGUGUGUGUGUGUCGCGGCGUUUGUGGCUUUGCGGCUCGCGCUCCCCCCAGUGUGUCCUUUGUGUCCUUGCGCUACUAUCUCCCGUGGGAGGGGAAGGGCUGUAUGCGCCUUUGUUUUUACCCUUCAAAAAUAAGUUUUUAGCUGUUUGUACAGCAAAUUUUAAUAGCAAAGUGACGUUUUUUAAUGCAACUUUAAAUUUGCAAAAAAAAAAAACAAUUAAUUUUUUGACUUAAGUUGCUGAAAAUAUGCAAUUAUGCAAGGGGGAACACUUUCGGGCGAUCGCCAAAACAUCGACUGGCUCUGGCUGAAAUUUUUGUAUUUUUUUUUUUACGAAAUUUUUUUAUUUGUUUUGCGUACACGUCGCCAAAAAUGUGACAAACGACGAAACCCUGUGCUCCUGUAAAAAGGGGAAAACACGCCAGCUGAGGCAAACCGGUGACACUGUUUUGGUUUGUGGCUCCAUUAUUUCCCCCCCCCCCCUUUUGUUUGCGGGUGGAAAGAAAAAGUGUCACGAAUCGAGCAUACAUUUAUUUGUAUUUUGAUGGUUCGUUUGGAGCACUUUUUUUGUUGUCGUUCUCUUCACGCACAAAUAGCGCUGGCAUGGAAACUAAAAUUUGCUCCAUUUGCUUUUUUACUGCUCGUUCCGAGCUGUGUUUUUUGCUUUAUAGCUCGUCUGCAGCGAGCUGGAACCUGCCACCAGGGUCCCUUUGGACGGCUCAAAUGCAACUCACAAUGUUUACAGUCUCAACCUUAUUGGUGGCCCCAAUUUGCAGCACGGAAAGCAAUCGUCACGGCACAGCAGCCUAAUUGUGGAACUCUGGAAGUGCUCGGCAGGAAGGCAAGGGCCAAACGAAAUGGGACUUGCCAGUAGCUUGGACGGCAAAUCGGGACAGCAAACACCAAACCCGAACGGCGCAACCCACGCAACUCCGCGGCUAGAAAAUAUUUCUAAAAUCGCGCAAAACCGUUCCGUGGGGGGGGGGGGGGGGCUAAAUGCAAGCGCGCGCGCGUAAACGCCUUCACGAGUUUCUAAUUUUUUUUUUUAAAUCCACCCACACCCAGCACGAGGAGGGUGUGAGAGGGGUUUUUUUUUUUAGUAGUAAUGGUAGUGGCCGGCAUUUCUUUCUUUCCUUUUUUUUGCUUUAAGAGUUCAUUUCACUUCCUACAGGGCAGCAGACAGGGCAAGAAAAUGUGUGUGUGUGUUUUCCCUGUCGUUUACUGUUUUUUUUUUCCUUCUUCUUCUAUUUGUCACCGUCGCAAUGUUCUACACCUUCUUCAUCGUAUUAUUCUUGCUUUUCGCUUCACAGCAUAGAGAACAGAGAAAAGAAAACAGUUUUCCUUGACAUUCGUGGUGCGCGUGUGGCUCUUCGUUUGCAUUUUUAACGGUGUUUGCCGGAAUACGACGAAUUAUUUUUUUGUUUUGUUUUGUGUGAGUGCUUUUUUGCCGUUCAGCUCCACCACAAGCGGCAAGCAAGGAAAAAGUGUAGUGAGUUAUUUUAAGCCGAUGCGCCGAACAUCAUCAAAGCGAAGUGGUGCUUAAGCGAGUGGGAAAAGUGCGUGCACGAGAGUGAAAAAAUAGUGCGUAGCAAAAUAAUAAUAAUAAUAAAAAAAAAUCAUUUAAGAAAAAAAGUCGCGCACUCCUGAAUUGCUUCGGAGCAGCGAAAACCCCGAAAAUUGUUUGAUCCCGGGUGCGUGAAACUGUGUGAACAGUGUGAACGAGUGAAGGGUUUUUUUUUUAAUUUUUUUUGCAGUGCAAAAGUGCGUGCGGGAAGCGCCAUUUCCCUACAUCAAAACACCAGUGAGCGUGUUGCUUUUGCCCGCAAGCAAAACCACAAACGCACGGACGCCGAGUGGUUGCGCGUGGAGGAGGGAGACGAGGCGACAGCAGCAACAAUCAACCAAACUUGCCUGGACCGCGCCAAAUUAAUUGUCCGCAUUGCAAUAAUUCAGCACAGUGUCAUUCGCCACAGUGAUAGCCAUAGAAGGAAGAGCAUUCAAAUUGUGAAACGCAAGCGGCAAACCAACAACAACAAAAAGGCCCAAAUCCACCCGACCCCACAAGUGCAACACCUUUCCGGGCGGGGGUGUCCUUUCUCGCUGCGUAGCUGCUCUUUCCGCUCGCUAAUCGUUACAAUCUCGCUGCUCCCAUCCCACCCUAUCCAGGCAAUGUGAUCAAGCUGGGCCGGUCGGCUUUAGUUUGUUUUUCGUUUUUUUUUUCGUUUUAAUUCCGUUUGAAAAAGUGCGCACCGCCUUCACACGGAGCGCGCGCGGCGGUAGCGCCAACGGUGGAGAGGAAGGCAAAAGAAAAUGAUGGAAAAACAGCUCCUGGUCGCGGUGUAAAAUUUAACGCUGCUCUAGCGACGCGAAAUCAAGCCAGCGCUCGGCUGGUCAGAUAGUAGCAUAAUUGGAUUUCAACUCUUGAUGCGCUCCUGCCCGAUCAGCUUACGGUGCGAGAAGGGCAAGUAAAUAGGACGUGUGGCUCCAGCGACAGAAGCGGGGACGCAGAAGGAAGCCACCGUGUGCACGAAAUCGAAUCAACACGCGCGCGUCAAAAGCGAACCGUGCCGUGUGUGUGUGUCUGUCUGUGUGUGUGUUUGUGCGUGUUGGGUGGGCGGGCGUCUGUGAGUGGUUGAGCCGAGAGCGGCGUCGGGGCGGAAGAGUGUCCUGCCAUCCUGUGACAAGCGCGCACAAACAGGAGGAACAGCGCGGAUUCGGAAACAAUUCAAGGUCCCGACUAGUGCACAGCCGUACUAGGCGCACUCGGAGAUGCAUCGGGGCCGGUAGCCGACGCGACCUUGCCGACGAAGACGACCGACGAUUGAGCGCAGACACAGCAGUAGUAGGGAGCUGCUUUGCGAAAAGUGACAAACAAACCACAAAAAAAAACACAACAACAAAAAAUACACCGAAAAAUGGCAAACGGAAGCCUGCGGUUUACGGUGCUAGUGUACGGCACGUUCGCGCUGCUCCUCUCCCGGACGGUGGUGCACACCACGGCCAGUGCCGGUAGCAGCAGUGGUGGUGGUGGUGGAGUGCAAAAGUUUGCGAUGGAACCGCAGAACCAGACGGCAAUAGUGGGGUCGCGGGUGACGCUGCCCUGCCGGGUCGAGUCGAAGGUGGGCCAGCUCCAGUGGACGAAGGAUGACUUCGGGCUCGGGUGGCACCGGAACCUGAGCGGCUUCGACCGCUACUCGAUGGUCGGGAGCGACGAGGAGGGCGACUACUCGCUCGAGAUCUACCCGCUGAUGCUGGACGACGAGGCACGGUACCAGUGCCAGGUGGGCCGCGGAAAGGAUGGUACGCCCGGCAUUAGGUCGAGCUUCGCCACGCUGACAGUAUUAGUUCCGCCGGAACCGCCGAAAAUAGUGCAGGGUGACUUUCUGGUCACGACCGAGGAUCGGGAGAUUGAGCUCGAGUGUGUGUCGGUCGGCGGCAAACCGGCGGCCGAAAUUACCUGGAUCGACGGGCACGGCACGGUGCUCACCAAGGGCAUCGAGUACGUGAAGGAACCGAUGGGCGAUACCGGCCGCUUCACCGCGAAAUCGAUCCUGAAGCUGACGCCGAAGAAGGAGCACCACAACACGUCCUUCACCUGCCAGGCGCAGAACACGGCCGACCGGACGUACCGGUCGGUGCGGCUCAAGCUGGAGGUGAAGUACGCGCCGAAGGUAAGCGUGAGCGUCGUCGGUGGCGCACUGGCCGGCGGUCGCAUCCCGGAAGGGGCCGAGGUGCGGCUGUCGUGCCGGGCCGACGCGAACCCAAGCGACGUCACCUACCGAUGGUACAGGGCGGACGAACCGAUCGUGGGCGACUACACGACGGAACUGGUCAUACACAACGUCUCGAAGGAGUACCACGACGCGGUGAUCAAGUGCGAGGUGCACAACGCGGUCGGCAAGAGCGAGGAGAGCGAAAUCCUCGACAUCAGCUACGGGCCGACGUUCCGCACCCGGCCCCAGUCGGUCGAGACGGACCUCGACCGGAAGGUGACGCUGGCCUGCGACGUGGACGGCAAUCCGCCGCCCGAGAUCAUCUGGGUGCACGAGGAGUCCGGCCGGAUCGUGUCCAGCAGCGCGAACAUCACGCUGAUGGCGACGCGCGAAACGGCCGGCCGGUACUGCUGCAAGGCGAGCGUGCGCGGCUUCCCGGACAUCGAGGCGACGGCGGCGAUCCAGCUCAAGGGCCCGCCGACGAUCCGGUCGCCCCGCCAGCAGUACGGCUCGGUGAACGACAACUCGCAGAUCCAGUGCGACGCGAUCGCGAUCCCGAAGGCGAAGCAGGUGAUCUGGACGUACAACGGGCUGGAGGUGAGCGGCGAGAACGAGCACACGAUACUGGAGAACCAUUCGCCCGAGGGCGUCCGGUCCACGCUGAUCAUACCGAAGAGCAAGCGGCAGCACUUCGGCGUGUACAACUGCACCGUGCUGAACGAGUACGGCAGCGACUCGCUCGAGAUACAGUUCGCACCGAUGGAGUCGUCGUCGCUGCCGGUCGUCAUCAUACUGAUCGUGGCGGUCGUGUUCAUCACGUUCGUGCUGGUGCUGGUGGUGAGCCUGUGCUGCUGCGAGCGGAAGGGCAACAAGAAGCUGCCGCCGGCGGACGUCAUUACGGAUCAUUACAUGACGGAAAAGACGUGCAAGGAGAGCGACCGGUCGUCCAACGUGAGCGACCUGAAGAUUGACCGGGACCACGAGUACUCCGAAACCUGCUCCGGCACGGACAGUAUCGCGACCCGGCUGGCAAUGAACAUGAUGGGCUCGUCGAGCGGCGGCAGCAACAAUAGUGGCGGUGGAGGAGGAGGAGUAGGAGGAGGAGUGGUCAGUGGAGGUGGUGGCGGUGGCGGUGGUGGUGGUGGUGUACCGCUAGCCGGCCCGGUUCGCAUUCCCAACGAUUAUCGCUACUCGGGUGACUAUUCCGACGGCAUUGGUUCGACGCUGCAGGCGAAAAUUGGACAAAGCAAUGGUGGGUACGUGCCGUACGUCGACUACGCCCAAGACUACAACCUGCCGAUGCACAUAUCGAGCAACGGGCAGCUGCCGAACGGCAACCUAAGCCUGACGCGGAACCGUGAGCUGCGGCAGGACAACGGGCUGCCCAGCAUCCAGAGCGGCAUGGGCUCGCUGUCGGCCGGUUUGAUGAAUACAUCCCUGAUGAACGCACCGAGCAUAGAUCCGCGGUACAGCGCGACGUACGGCAAUCCGUACCUGCGCAGCAGCAGCACCCAUCUGCCCCCGCUGCCCCCGCCCAGCACGGCCAACCCGGCGAUGACGCCGGCCCCGCCACCGUACAGUGCCGGCCGGCAUCCGACCAGCGCCCUGCUGAUGGGCGUCAACAUGGGCGUCAACUCGGGCAGCGUCAUCGGCAUCGGCUCGAGCCUGACCAGCCCGGAAUCGAUCCGGUCGACCAGUGCCGGCAGCAGCGACCCGGCCGGAACCGCGGCCCAGCAGCAGCAGCAGCAGGGCGGCCAGGUGGCCGCCGGACAGACGGGCAGCCCGGCCCCGGGCCAGUUCAUACUGCCCGCGAACGGGGACAUACGCAAGGGGGCGCUGGCGACCCACGUCUAGCGGGGCGGCGGCUCCGCACCACCCCCAUCCACCACCGAGCCAUCGAGAGCGUGCAGAGCGGCGGCCCCGCACCCGUCUCCUUCCAUCGUUUCCUCGCGCUCCUCGCUCCCGCGCCAAGCCAAAACCCCCCAUCCCCCCUCGCGCACUGUGCUGCUUUGCGGGCUUGCAGCCAUCUAGGGGCAUCCGUGUCUCCAUGUGUAGGAUAGGUAUUUUUUUUUAAUUUUCGUUUCCUCAUGAGUGGAUAAGAGAGAGAGAGAGUGUGUGUGUGAAUGUGUGUGAGUGAUUUUAUCAAUGCUUGGAACCAGCACACGACACACACACAGAUACACACGCGUGGCCAUUAGAUCAUAUUGACCAGAAGUAAUCAAUCCUAGGCUGUAAAUGCGCCCGUGUGCAAUGAUUGCAUUAAGAGAUCGUCCAUAAAUGAUGUAAUGCCAAAAACGAACAAAAAUAAAAUUGUUACGUUGUUUAUGGACGGCCCCCUAAUUGCUACCAGAUAGCGAAACAGGUCUAAUUUUGUGGGCAAAAACAAAGCACACACGCACAUUGGAGUAGGAAACUUUCAUUUUUUUUUCCAGCUUUCCUGCGUCAUACUCCGCAGCCAAACGAGCGUGACAGCAUAGGAAGCGAUGCUUAAUGUUUUGGUCUUCUUUUCGGCCCCCCGGUUCCGGGGCGACUGUAUGCAGUUUUGUUUUGUAUCUGCCCCUUCCCCGUCACCCCGCUCAUGCCAACUGCCUGAGAUGUAAUGGAUGUGUAUGGAGCGUGUCAUACAAACAAACGUACAUAAACACACACACACACACGCACAAACACCCAAAGGCAAAAUUAGCAUGUGCAGCAGCAGCACCGUUUGAUCGUUUAACGUUUGUUUUUUUUUUUAAAUCUAUUUUGAUUCAAAAUGUGUGGCCUUAUUAAAUGAGAAAGCAAAAAUGUAGGAAAACAGGAGCAAACCAAAAACACACUACAAAAGAAUGUUAAAAAAAAAACAAUUACACGAAACACACAAUCACAGUGACACAUGUGCUGCACAUACAAGCGGAAGGAGGGUAGCCAAAUGCUGGUAAAAGGAAUUCAUCAAAGCUCGUCUACUCAUAGCUUAAAUACGACAAUGUGCGUGCGAGCGUGCGAUGUGUGAGUUUACACUUGCGUGUACAUACGUGUGUGUGUGUGUGUGUGUGUGUGUGUGUGUGUGCAUAUAUACAUAUAUACUUGGAGUGUUUAUAUAGGGAUAUACACGCAGCUUGACGUGUUGCUUACGAUGUGCGCGCAAGCUGCUUUAGCGAUUCGCUGCUAAACCAUCCCUCUCCCCUUUUCUCCUCCUCCUCCUCCGCCCAGCAAAGGUGGAAGAUAUUCGCAGGCCAGCAAAGGUUAGACACAAUUUUAGACUAGCAAAAAAAAAAAAAAAAAAAACACUCCAACGCCGCCACUUUCCAUCGAAACGUACGAAAAGGGGUGAAAAGUCAAAGCAAAAUCUCGCUGCACAGGGAUGGUGAGCGCUUUAGCGUUAGCUUUAGCUUAAAAAAGUACACAUGUUUAGCUGAACAUCGGAGCGGGGGUAAAGAGUUUAGUACAUUAUAAUGCCUUUCUUU